UGUACGAGAGGUAUACACCUCAAGCUAAUAGGAAGAACAGAGAACCUCCCGUUUGGCGCCCUUAUUUCCACGCCACGAAUCAUCUCCCUCCCUUCUUGUAGAGCCCUAUUUCCCAUGCAAAUUAGAAACCUCUAGAAACUAACUCAACCAAAACAACCCCAACGCCCUUCUAUGCCUUUUCUUCUUCUGGAAACAAUCUCAAUUCUAUAACCAAAAAAGGAAAAGAUAGUAGCAGUGUCAAACUUGGCCUCUUAGGUCGCAAAUUGAAUGAUGGAUUGCCUUCUUGGUAAUCCCAUAAAUAAAUAAUCGGAUGAGGUCUUACAUUAAGACGAAGAGAAUUCGAAAUUUGUAUAUAAUACUGAUAAAUGGUGGGAGGGUCGAGGCAGAGCCUGCCUUCUUGGAUAAGCGCCGCGGCGGCAUCCAGAGUCGAUAUUGAUGGGAACGUUUCUUCUGUUUCAGAGACCAUGUUUACUUCUAAAGAUGCUAAUAAUAGGGAUGACUCCAAAACGGUGUCACCGGAUGCCAAUUUAGGUUUUGCGGAGAGAGCCUUGUCUGCGGCUGGUGCCGCUUUUGUCUCCGCCAUUAUUGUUAACCCUUUAGAUGUCGCCAAGACAAGGUUGCAAGCACAGGCUGCUGGAGUUCCUAAUCAGGGAUUAUGUGGAACAGAAUGUUCGCGGACAGAUAUGAUCCUGUCAGAUCUGAAACAUGUGGUCUCUGGUUCCGAACCAAUGUGUACUUCAGAGUGCAACAGGUAUAAGGGAACAAUGGAUGUCUUCUAUAAAGUUACUCGCCAGUGGUGAAUUUGUGCAGGAAGGAUUUGGAAGACUCUGGAGAGGCACAAAUGCAAGCUUAGCAUUGGCUGUGCCAACUGUGGGGAUCUACUUGUCUUGUUAUGACAUUUUCCGGGAUUUAAUGGAAGAUUUUACAACUCGGAAUGCUCCCGUUUUGACACCAUAUGUGCCAUUAGUUGCAGGAUCAGUUGCGCGAUCAUUAGCUUGUGUCACUUGUUACCCUGUGGAGUUGGCAAGGACUCGUAUGCAGGCUUUUAAAGAAACACAGAAUGCUAUGAGGCCCCCAGGAGUCUGGAAGACACUAAUUGAGGUGAUCAACCCAGUUAAGAGCAAAAACAACCUUCAAAAGUUGCAAAAUUAUCGCAUUUUAUGGACUGGCCUUGGUGCACAACUUGCUCGAGAUGUUCCAUUCUCUGCAAUCUGCUGGUCAACCCUAGAGCCUAUCAGGAGAGGAAUUCUUGCUCUUAUGGAUGAUGAAGCCACAGCAGCCAGUGUCCUUGGGGCAAACUUUUCUGCUGGUUUUUUUGCAGGAAGUCUUGCAGCUGCUGUUACAUGUCCAUUAGAUGUUGCAAGGACCAGAAGGCAGAUAGAGAAGGAUCCUACGAGGGCAUUAAAGAUGACUACAAGACAAACAUUGCUGGAAAUCUGGAGGGGUGGGGGGAUGAAAGGAUUGUUUGCAGGAAUAGGUCCCCGUGUGGCUCGUGCCGGCCCUUCUGUUGGAAUAGUUGUUUCCUUUUAUGAAGUUGUCAAAUAUACGCUACAUCAUCAUCAACACCACCGUGCUACUAAUUAAAAGAGAUAUAUUUCUGAUUUCAUUCUGUUUGUCAAAAAGGCAUAAGAAUGGUGGUGAUGUUCCUGCCAUUCUGGUGAAUUUGGUUAAAGGCAUUAUCUGUGAAAUUGUAAAUAUUUCGACAAAUAACAAAUCCCCUUUUUUAAUGUUUCUUUCAUAAUUCAAAUUCUUUCCGUCUUA